AUGUGGGCAGAAGGCGGUUUCACAAAGAGAAUAGCGGUUGUCGUAAGCGGUUAUCAAAGCGGUUAUCAAAGCGGUUAUCAAAGCGGUUAUCAAAGCGGUUAUCAAAGCGGUUAUCAAAGCGGUUAUCAAAGCGGUUAUCAAAGCGGUUAUCAAAGCGGUUAUCAAAGCGGUUAUCAAAGCGGUUAUCAAAGCGGUUAUCAAAGCGGUUAUCAAAGCGGUUAUCAAAGCGGUUAUCAAAGCGGUUAUCAAAGCGGUUAUCAAAGCGGUUAUCAAAGCGGUUAUCAAAGCGGUUAUCAAAGCGGUUAUCAAAGCGGUUAUCAAAGCGGUUAUCAAAGCGGUUAUCAAAGCGGUUAUCAAAGCGGUUAUCAAAGCGGUUAUCAAAGCGGUUAUCAAAGCGGUUAUCAAAGCGGUUAUCAAAGCGGUUAUCAAAGCGGUUAUCAAAGCGGUUAUCAAAGCGGUUAUCAAAGCGGUUAUCAAAGCGGUUAUCAAAGCGGUUAUCAAAGCGGUUAUCAAAGCGGUUAUCAAAGCGGUUAUCAAAGCGGUUAUCAAAGCGGUUAA